UAGGGAAUCAUUCAUGUGUGGAUCCUCCUUCAUGAAACAUGGAUGACAAGGCUUCUGUGGGGAAGAUCAGCGUGUCCUCUGACUCCGUGUCCACCCUGAACAGCGAAGACUUUGUGCUGGUUUACCAACAAGGGGAUGAGAUGCAUUCUGCAAAUAACGGCAGCGACGACGAGAAAACCGGGCUCAAGAUCGUUGGGAACGGAAGUGAGCAGCAGCUCCAGAAGGAGCUGGAAGAUGUUCUGAUGGACACGCCAACCGAAGAUCCUGACAAGCAGACAGAGGAGAUGGACAAGGUACAUCCAGAGGAGGAACUGGAUGAGUCCUCUAACGAAGCUUCGUCUGCGUCUUCCACCAUCAACCCAUCCACGGUAGGACCGCAGAAGCAAGAGAUGAGUCUGCCGGUGAAGCCAGCACAGCACGAGGGAGCAGACGCAUCGGAAUUGUUCUCCCCGCUUCCUGAUGAGGACAGCGUUGUGUUCAGUCAACUCACCUACCUCGGAUGUGCCUCGGUGAAUGCUCCACGCAGCGAAGUCGAAGCUCUUAGAAUGAUCUCCAUUCUUCGAGGACAAUGCCAGAACGCAUUGGAUGUGACGCUUUCUGUACCUAGUGUGUCGGAGGGAACUGUCAGACUUCUGGACCCGCAGACCAACACUGAGAUUGCACAAUAUCCGAUAUACAAGAUUCUGUUUUGCGUAAGAGGCCACGAUGGGACUCCGGAGAGCGAUUGCUUUGCAUUUACAGAAAGUCAUUACAAUGCGGAGCUCUUCAGGAUACACGUCUUCCGUUGUGAAAUCCAGGAAGCGGUGAGUCGGAUAUUGUAUAGUUUUGCCACAGCUUUUCGACGCUCUAUUAAGCAGACGCCUCUGUCCGCCUCCAUCCCGCCCCAAACCCCCGACAGUGACAUCUUCACGUUCUCUGUGUCACUGGAAAUCAAGGAGGAUGAUGGGAAGGGGUAUUUCAGCGCUGUUUCAAAAGAUAAGGACAAGCAGUCUUUCCGGCUGCGUCAGGGCGUGGACAAGAAGAUUGUUAUUUACGUCCAGCAAACAUCCAACAAAGAACUAACCAUCGAGAGGUGUUUCGGGCUCCUCCUCAGUCCAGGCAGAGAUGUGCGGAACAGUGACAUGCAUCUAUUAGAACUGGAGUCCAUGGGUAAAAGCUCCGACGGGAAGUCGUAUAUCAUCACAGGGAGCUGGAACACCAAGUCCCCGCAUUUCCAGGCCGUCAAUGAAGAAACUCCAAAAGACAAAGUCCUCUUCGUGACCACGGCAGUGGAUCUGGUGAUCACCGAGGUCCAGGAGCCGGUGCGGUUCCUCAUAGAGACUAAAGUGCGGGUCUGCGCUGCCGGCGAGCGCCUGUACUGGCCCUUCAGCAAACGGAGCUCCACGGAAAACUUCUUCCUCAAACUCAAACAGAUUGAGAAGAAGGAGAGGAAGAGCAGCUGUGAUACGUUCUAUGAAGUCAUGUGCUUAGAAAGUGAAUCGGAGAAAGAGAGGAGGAAAACCACCGCUAGUCCUUCAAUCCGUCUCUCGCAGUGUGGACCACAGGGGUCUAAUAUCCCUUCCCCCCCCGAGGAUGAUGAGGAGGAAGAUAACGAUGAGCCUCUUCUCAGCGGUUCUGGGGAUGUGUCCAAAGAAUGUGCAGAGAAAAUCCUGGAAACAUGGGGUGACCUGUUAUCUAAAUGGCACUUGAACCUGAGCGUGCGCCCGAAGCAGCUCUCAUCACUGGUGCGGAGCGGAGUUCCGGAGGCACUGAGAGGGGAAGUGUGGCAAUUGCUGGCGGGGUGUCACAACAAUGACUACUUGGUGGAGAAAUACAGACUGCUCAUCACUAAGGAGUCUCCUCAGGACAGCGCCAUCACACGUGACAUCAACAGGACAUUUCCAGCUCACGACUACUUCAAGGACACCGGCGGGGAUGGACAGGACUCUCUGUACAAAAUCUGCAAGGCCUAUUCUGUAUACGAUGAAGAGAUUGGCUAUUGCCAGGGACAGUCCUUCCUUGCUGCCGUUCUGCUGUUACAUAUGCCUGAAGAACAAGCCUUCAGCGUCCUGGUCAAGAUCAUGUUCGAUUAUGGGCUCAGGGAACUUUUCAAACAGAACUUUGAAGACCUGCACUGCAAGUUUUAUCAGCUGGAGCGCCUAAUGCAGGAAUAUAUUGCCGACUUGUACACUCACUUCCUGGAGAUCAGCUUGGAAGCCCACAUGUAUGCGUCCCAGUGGUUCCUUACUUUAUUUACUGCCAAAUUCCCACUGUAUAUGGUCUUCCACAUCAUUGACCUGCUCCUGUGUGAGGGAAUAAGUGUCAUCUUUAAUGUCGCCUUGGGCUUGUUAAAAACCUCCAAGGACGACCUGCUGCUCACAGACUUUGAAGGCGCUCUGAAAUUCUUCCGCGUGCAGCUCCCGAAACGAUAUCGUUCGGAGGACAACGCCAAGAAGCUGAUGGAGUUGGCGUGCAGCCUGAAGAUAAGUCAGAAAAAGCUCAAAAAGUACGAGAGGGAGUACCACAUGAUGAGAGAGCAACAGGCACAGCAGGAGGACCCUGUCGAAAGAUAUGAGCGUGAAAACCGGCGGCUUCAGGAGGCAAACAUGAGACUGGAGCAAGAAAACGAUGACUUGGCUCAUGAGUUGGUCACCAGUAAGAUUGCCCUGCGCAAGGACCUGGACAAUGCAGAAGAGAAGGCAGACGCAUUGAAUAAGGAGUUACUGAUGACUAAACAAAAGCUGAUCGACGCAGAAGAGGAGAAGCGACGUCUAGAGGAAGAAUCUGCCCAGCUUAAGGAAAUGUGCCGCAGAGAACUUGAUAAGGCAGAGUCUGAAAUAAAGAAGAACAGCUCCAUCAUUGGAGAUUACAAACAGAUCUGUUCCCAGCUGAGCGAGCGACUGGAAAAGCAACAGACGUCGAACAAAGCUGAAAUUGAGAAAAUCCGGCAAAAGGUUGAAGGGUGCGAACGCUGCAGAGAAUUCUUCAACACGGAGGGGAAGGUGAAGUUGGUCAGUGCUACGAAAGACAACUCCACUGAGGAGGACACAGAUGAAGAGAAGGAGACCCUGAACAACCAACUACGGGAAAUGGAACUAGAACUGGCUCAAACCAAACUUCAGCUGGUGGAAGCCGAGUGUAAAAUACAGGAUCUGGAGCACCAUCUUGGCCUCGCCCUAAACGAAGUGCAAGCAGCAAAGAAGACCUGGUUCAACAGGACCAUCAGCUCCAUAAAAACAGUCACCGGAGUACAAGGGAAAGAGACCUCUUAACAGCCUGACUCUUGUAAAAUAAUUGUCUUUAUGAAAACAUGAUACCUUCUGUUGCCUUCCUUGGCCAGAUAUUUUGGUUUGCCUACAUGUAAGAGGACCAGGAGUGCAGCAGCAUGACAGGAUGGUAGUUGGUCGAUUGCUUGUCAGUCACUUGUACGAUUUAAGCACCUCUGGGCCCUUGCCAACAUACCUACACAGUCCUUGU